AUGGCCAGCGGAACAAUCAGUGCCAUGCACACGGGCGAACACAUCACCAUCGGCGGCCUCUGCGUACAACUCGUCUUCUUCACUUUCUUCCUAAUCACCUCUGUCGUCUUCCACCUGCGGAUCCGCGCCAGACCAACAUCGCAAACAACCUCUGCCCCACCGGGUAUCCUCGGUCGUGGUUGGGAAUCCGUUCUGUGGGGACUGUACAUUGCGAGUGUUUUGAUUCUGAUCAGAUCGGUCUUUCGUCUGGUUGAGUAUGCGCAGGGGAAUGAUGGGUAUUUGAUUAGUCAUGAGGCGUUCAUGUAUGUGUUUGAUUCGAUGUUGAUGUUCUUUGCUAUGGUGGCGAUGAAUGCGUUGCAUCCGUCUAUGGUGUUGAGUGCGGUGGAUCAUAAGGGGAGACAUUCGAUGGAGGCUUUGAGGUCGGUGUCGCGGACGGAGUGA